GAUAGAAAGACGACCAAUACUGCCAGUACAGUGUGAUGCAGAUAAUAUUGAUAAUAAAUUCCCGCCAUACUAGAUAUCUCCUGUUAAUGAAACUGUAUUAACUUAUUCCUGUUCAAAUUACUUAUGCCGAAAAUUGGCGACACGUGUUAAUGAUUGGCUUCUGACAUUUAAUGUGCACCAUUAGAAUGAUGGAGAGAAGACUGAGGGGUAAUGGUUGGCUUUCGACGGGUUUUUUUUUUGAGGUUAUGCGUUAAGGAGAUACCGCGUUUCACAUAGAUUAGGAGAAAAUACGCGAUAUGAACACGAGGUUAUAAGUGCUGCGGAUAAAUCUAGCAAUGUAAGGAUUUCUCUCAGAUCUCAGGGUCAAUAGCUUAAUCAAGAGCUCGCGCACAGUGUGGCGACCGUCUUGGAACCGAUCAAUCGAAACUCAGAUCAAACACAACAUAAGCACCCUACUUUUCUCCAUAACUCUGUCUAAUCAUUCGAGCGUAGCCGCUAAUUUUCAUAUUUGGCUGAAGUUUUCAAUGCGCGUUAACCAUGAGGUUGAUAAACAAGUUGUUACAAUUAAUGGUGAUGUUUUCCUGCAUUUUUCUACGCGUCAGAGGUGAUAAUGAUGACUGCACGUGUGGAAGAAGAUUAAACAGGGAAGCAAAUGGGAAUAAUUUUAUUGAUAAUGAAAAUUGUCCUGAUUCCGGAAGUGUACCAGUUGACAAAAGGAAUGAAAAAUAUAAGGGAGACUCUGUACUUGACGCUCUUCCCAAUGAAAUGAUUCUGAUUGAAGGUGGAGUUUAUUCGAUAGGAACUGAUAACCCAAUUCUUGUGGUCGAUGGAGAGGGACCGAAAAGGCGGGUAGUUCUGGAUAACUUCUACAUGGACAAAUAUGAAGUUAGUAAUAGGAACUUUGAAAUUUUCGUUGAGGCGACGGGAUAUAGGACUGAAGCUGAAAAGUUUGGAAACUCCUUCGUGUUUGAAGGAUUGCUGAGCGAAGGGGUGAAGGAGGGGAUUGCGGAGGCUGUGGCUCAGGCUCCUUGGUGGCUGCCGGUUGUUAAGGCCGACUGGAGACAUCCCGAGGGAGUCGAUUCCACUAUUCAAGAUAGAAUGGAUCACCCAGUAAUUCACGUAUCGUGGAAUGAUGCAUCAGCAUUCUGCAAAUGGGCAGGUAAAAGGCUGCCGACCGAAGCAGAAUGGGAAGUAGCCUGCAGGGGUGGACUUAAUGAGCGGCUCUACCCCUGGGGCAAUAAACUUAUGCCGAAUCACAAGCAUAGAAUCAAUAUUUGGCAAGGGGAAUUCCCACACAACAAUACAGCUGAGGAUGGCUAUAAGGGAACGGCUCCAAUCAAUGAAUACCCAAGCAAUGGCUAUGGGCUUCAUAACAUGGCUGGAAACGUCUGGGAAUGGACAUCGGACUGGUGGAACACGAGACACUCCAAAGACCAAUCAAACAAUCCUGUUGGACCUUCCUCAGGCAGCGACAAGGUCAAGAAAGGAGGAUCUUACCUCUGCCAUGAGAGCUACUGCUUCAGGUACAGAUGCGCUGCUAGGAGCCAAAACACUCCAGACACUUCCGCUGGCAAUCUCGGUUUCAGAUGCGCUACUAGUUCUUUGUAACACUUUUUUCAAUAAUUUUUCAAUGUCAAUCACAAUUUAAAAAUCAUUUCAUAAGGCAUAAGAAGUUUCAUUUUGUUUAUUACUGCUGCAGGUAUUAAAAUUGGUAGUAACAUCCUCGAA